ACUGACGUGUCAAAAUAUUUACAAAUCUGCUAUCAUAAUAAACUCUUCAAGUUGAACGUUUAUACAGUUAUUAAGUAAACUAUUAACAGUGUUAAUUAAUAUAUUAUUUAUACUACAGCGUCAGGCUCUCGAACGAACAAGGUGUGAUUUAGAGACGAAUUUAAUUGGAGCAUUUCCGUUAAACAGCGUCGUAGAGCACGUCCAGGAUAACAAUGAGUGUAUCUGUCACAUCACCCAAGUCAUCGCUGGCAAAACUGGUGCUCAAUAAAUCAAAACCAUUCAAAGUAUUGGUUUUAGGCCAGUCGGGCGUCGGUAAAUCAGCGCUGGUCGUAAGAUUCAUAACUCGACGUUUCAUCGGCGAAUAUGAUUCCAAUUUAGAGAAGAUUUAUACGUUUCAAACUGUUAUUGAUAAUGAGGCGGUUUACUUCGAAAUACUCGACUCCGUUGGAGAUCCUCAUAAAUGUGAGCACUCGAACCUAGAGAGCAACAUUCGUUGGGCUGAGGCAUUCGUGUUGAUGUACUCCGUCACAGACAGAUGCUCAUUCGACGAGUGUCAUCGGUUGAAGUUCUUGAUCAACUACAACAAGAGACGAAGAAGACUCACGUCGUCUGCUAAGGACAGUAUUCACGAGACUCCAGUCCUGUUGGUGGCGAAUAAAAUAGAUCAGGUGGGAGACCGCAUGGUCAGUUCUGAAGAAGGACAUCGACGGAGCAAAGAGAUUGGAUGUGUUUGUUUCCACGAAAUAUCAGUGCGGGAGAGUAUCGACCAGGUGUUUGGCGUUUUUAGGGACGCCCGUCGGUUCUGGAGGGUGGGCAGUAAGUGGUGUUGGGGUCGCAGCGAGAGUGACUCGCGCCCGACCGCGACGUCGUUGGUGCGGCCUCUCUACCGCGCCGUCUCAGACACCAGCGAAACACACGCCACGCUGCAUUCUUUAGGUCGUCGCUGGACAGAAGUUGAUGUAAACGAAGAGAAUGAAUACGAAGCUGCCGACUCCAGGACUCCUUGCGGCACUCUUGAGGAGUUCCGAGCGAGGGCCAGCACCGACUCCAGACUCCCUCCGCGACCCACGCGCGCCCGGCACCCUCCUGACUCCCGAGCCGUGCACUCUCCACUACGGAGGAUGAGCGUUGCCAUGAGAGGAAACAACUCUAAUACAUGAUACACUCAGUAAAAAAUGUUUAAGACCAAAGAUUACCUAACGAGAACACUGCCAUGAUGUAGAUAUUUUAUAAGAAGUUGAUCACAGUCCAACCACACCGUGUGACUGUUUUUUAAUAUGAUGUAUUUAAUAUGAUGUAUUUCAAGAAGUUCUACUUAUAUAGUUGUAUACUCGAGAGGUAGCGAGUUCGAGUCCCGCAUCAUUCAUAAAUUAUGGUUUCAAAUUUAAUUAUGCCAAUUAAUCACAGAAUUGAGAGUAAUUACUUUAAAAUAACAAACUGUUAAGAUUUGUUAGAUCGACAUCUAAAGUCAAUUUCUUAAUAUGCAAUUAUUGCGGUUGAGCAGGUUUUCAACUGUAAAGUAGGUCCUGUAGAUAGAGCCACAACCUGAAAUUUAAGUUCAGUUGAAAAGAGCGCUCAGACGGAAUCCGCGUCGUUCAUAAAUUUUGGGUACAAAUUUAAUUUGUAUAGCUUGGUUGUACUGGAAGAUAUUCUUUAGGUGAUAUUUUCUAUUUUUUUGGUGUGGGGAAGCAGGAAUCAGUUCACACAGCUCGUGGGAACAUUUUCUGAGAUUGCAGGCUCUGUGACAGACUGACAGACAUGGAACAUCAAACAGAAAUAUAAUUAGUGAUGAGAUUUUU